AUGGGGGCGGCGAAGGCCGGGCCCACCUCCCAACGCGGGGGUUGGGCGGACCAAACCCCAGCCGCAGGGAAAACCUUGCAGGCGGCGCCACUGUGGUGCACGCAAGUUCUGCGGUGCCUUGCGGCCACCACAGUGAGCCCGCGGGCACUGCGAGUGGCGAACCCUUUUUUGGAGGGACGCGCAGCCCGGCGGCCACCGCUGCAGGCGGUCACCACCGGCCGCGGCCCGGUCUCCACCGCCGCGCCGCCGGCACAGCCCCCGCCCGAGCGCCGCCCGGCCCCAGCCCGCUCGCCGCCUGCGACCACCCCGCGCGCCGCCGCCGCCCCUGCGCCGCCCCCUGCGCCACCAGCCCCAGUGCUAGCCCCUGACUUUGUAGCUGAUGAUGGUUAUGAUCCUUUGGCUGUUGAUCACACUCCUAGUGUGAAAAUUGACUUUGAGGAGAAAUUUGGUUACUUGAAUCAAGGUAUUCUCACAUUAGAUCCAGUUCUUGAGCCUUGCAUUCCUUCUCCUCCAUCUACUGUUGCUUUUGAGGAUACUUGUGUUGCUACAUCCAUUGUUACUUUUGAUUCAUUGUAG